AUGGAAAUAAACCCCAAAAACCAUCACUUUCAUAUGCUAGAAACCCUAACUGCAACACUCAGAAGAAGCAGAAGCAGUAGUCAUGGUGUAGUACUCAAAAGAGCCAGACAACCCCACCAGGUGGAAAAUGUAGGAAACCGACAUGCAACAUUCAAUUGGAUUUUAUGCCCUUUCUUUUUUGUUCUUGCCUUUCGUUUUAAUUCCUUGAAAGAAUAUUGGAAUUUGGUUGUUGGUUAUUGCAUGACUUGUGUUUCAGCCUGCAAAGCCAGUGGCUCCGACCUUCGUGUCCAUAUUAAGAUGUGGGUAAUCUUGGCCUUGGCAAGUAGUAUGGUUAAGAAUACACAGGAAACAGACUUUGCAAUCCGAAGGUUGCCUUUGACAAAGGCAAAAAGGUACUUGCAAGACGUUAUGGCCCACAAGCAAGCCAUUCCAUUCCGGCGCUUCUGUGGUGGAGUUGGGCAAACUGAACAGGCUAAAAUCCACCAUUCUAACGGACAAGGUCGCUGGCCUGUGAAAUCUGCUAGAUUCAUUCUUGAUUUGCUCAAGAACUCCGAGAGCAAUGCAGAGUUGAAAGGCUUGGAUGUAGAUUCAUUUUUCAUAUCUCACAUCCAAGUGAAUCGAGCACGGAAGCAAAGGCGCCGAACUUAUCGAGCACAUGGAAGAAUUGACCGUGGGUGAUUUCUUUUCACUGCGUUAUUUGAGGAGUGUGGUUUAAAUUUUCCGAGUUUGUGCUCGUAUCAAUCCUAUUGCAGCUUACUUGUCUUCACCAUGCCGCAUUGAACUGAUUGUGUCAGAGAAAGAAUAACCUGCAAAAAAAGAGCCUGAGACUCAAUUGGCUCCUAGGAAAUCGAAGGGUCAACCUAUACGUAGCGGUGCUACCUCUUAAACUGCUGAGUGAUCAAUCAU